UCUCUCUUUCUUUCAGUGUUUGCUCACUGGCAGGGCAGCAGUGGACGGACGCUCGGCUGAACUACUUGAAGUCAGAAUAGAAGUUUUUGAUUGGUGCAGCGGCACAGAACUGAAUCAGAACUCCAUCAUGAGCGUAGAGUCCAGGAUGGAGAAGGCAAAGGAAAUGAGCAACGAGGAUAAGCUGUACAGAUAUAACGGGGUGCUGUACCCGACAAUCAUGUGCCCCGAGGAGCAUUUAAAGGGCCUGGACAACAUCCAGGCCAGAGAGGAUGACGUCAUGCUGGUGGCUUACCCAAAAUGCGGCUUUAACUGGAUGGUGGGGGUGGUGAGGAAGAUCAUUGCAGAGGCCACAGGGAAGAACAUGGAAGCCAAGAUGCCACCCCUGAUCGAGUUUUUUGGACCAGAAGCCUUAAAGGUCGUGGAUGAGGCUCCAUCUCCGAGGUUUCUGGGAACUCACAUGCACCCCGACAACAUCCCCUCCUCCUUCUAUGCAAAGAAAACUAAAAUGCUGGUGAUCUUCAGGAACCCCAAAGACACUCUGGUCUCCUUCUAUCAUUUCUUCAACAACAACCCGGUCCUCCCGUCCGGACAGUCCUGGGAAACCUUCUUCUCCAACUUCAUGAGCGGAGAAGUCCCCUGGGGGUCAUACUUUGAACACGCUUUGGCCUGGGAGAAGAAGAUGGGUGACCCCAACGUCAUGAUUAUCACCUAUGAAGACAUAAAACAGGACCUGAGUGAGGGCAUCCGUCAGAUCAGCAGCUUCUUUGGCUUCAGCCUGACGGAGGCUCAGGUGCAGAAGAUCGCGGAGGGGAGCACCUUCAAGGCCAUGAAGGAGACCGCCACCUCCUCCCACGCCAUUGGAAACAUCAUCUUCAGAAAAGGAGAAGUCGGAGACUGGAAGAACCACUUCACAUCAGAACAAAGCCAAGAGAUGGACAACGCCUUCAACAAACACCUGGCAGGAACCAGACUGGGAGCCAAACUCAACUACCAACAGCACUGCCAGUAGGGAGCAAGGAGGCAGGAGAGGAGGGAAGGGGAGGCAGAGCACAUAGGAGAAGGGCUUGGAAGACCUGAGCUGAGUCUGACAGGCUUCCUGCUCAGCUGUUGCACAGAUCUUUCUGCGCUUUGCUGUGGAUUUCAACACAAAUCUCAUCCAUCUUCUGACAGGAAAUGCUGCCUGGGAGGCUCAGUUCAGGGCUGAAAGCUCAAACUCAAAGAAGGAAUGAAAAGAGACGAAGCAAAAACAUGGAAAAGUGCACCCUGGGUUAUUAAGUUCUACAACACAGAACAGUGAAGGAACAGUUUAACAAUUUGUGAGCUCAAAAUUUGAGACCACUUUUGCACUACAACAGAUCAAUGCUCUGUGCUAAGCUAAGCUAAGCUAUCAGUCACGUCAGUAAGAGAAGUUUCGGUGCAGCUCACCACCAUCUUUGUCUCUUUCCAGAGACCGAAAAUCCUGAUUGGUUUAAAGAUGAACAGAGCCUGGAGAGGCAGAAAGAAAUGUCCAUCUUAGUGAGACAAGCUGAAACAAACUCCAAAACUCCUUCCUCUUCGCAAUUUUCAGUUUGUACAUCAUUGAUUCCUUUCCUCACCUCCUCUCCUCAUGUCUGAGAGAAGCGACUGUAGGAAGAAAGGAAGAAACUCGAAUCGAGCCAGCAGGUGUUAAACAAAAUGAGACAUCCCCACCAUGCUUUGCAUGUUCCACCUGUAUGUCCACUUCCUCCAGGCUGUCCCCUAGUGGUGGCAGACAGUAAUGACACCUGAAUAAUUUGAAAGAUUCUACAACAAAUUAAACAUUUUUGAAGAAUUACAAAACAUACAGUAAAUGUGAACCAAGUUAACACCAUUCUGGGAACUGCUUGUUUGCCUUCUGGGCUUGUCUUUCUGUCUGAAUAACACCUGAAUGCUGCUUUGUUUGAAGUCUGCCAGAUCAGUUUUAUUUACUGAUGUUUGACUCCUGAUUGAAGGAUGUGGAUUAUCUUUGCACUGGCAGCUACUCACAGACAUCAUCUCAGGCUGUGAAACUGUGAUUUUGGUACACGUACAUGAUGUUAUGAUGGACUCUAACAAAUAUUCACAGUCGCUGUUUGUAUGUAUACAUAACACACAUCACUGUACAUGAUCAUAAUGAGAAAUAAAACACUUUUUCCAGAGAACUGA